AACCCUAACCCUAACCCUAACCCUAACCCUAACCCUAACCCUAACCCUAACCCUAACCCUAACCCUAACCCUAACCCUAACCCUAACCCUAACCCUAACCCUAACCCUAACCCUAACCCUAACCCUAACCCUAACCCUAACCCUAACCCUAACCCUAACCCUAACCCUAACCCUAACCCUAACCCUAACCCUAACCCUAACCCUAACCCUAACCCUAACCCUAACCCUAACCCUAACCCUAACCCUAACCCUAACCCUAACCCUAACCCUAACCCUAACCCUAACCCUAACCCUAACCCUAACCCUAACCCUAACCCUAACCCUAACCCUAACCCUAACCCUAACCCUAACCCUAACCCUAACCCUAACCCUAACCCUAACCCUAACCCUAACCCUAACCCUAACCCUAACCCUAACCCUAACCCUAACCCUAACCCUAACCCUAACCCUAACCCUAACCCUAACCCUAACCCUAACCCUAAC